AUGUAUGUGAAAUGGUUUGAUACAGUAAUGUUUUACUAUGUUAUUUUAGUGUAUUUAGUGAAUUUCACUAUUUGUCAUUUUCAAAUUUCCCGCCGUUCUGUCCCCGUACGUCCUGACGUCGCAGGGAAUGGAACCUGGAAGACAGAUGCGGCAUCGGCCGGAGGACAUUGCCGGGGACAUUGCAGGAGGGACAUCGCGGGAGCGCAGGACAAGGUAAGUGAAGUAGAGAUCCUGGAGCAGCGCUGCAGGGUAUUCUCGAGUGUAGCUCGGGGUUACCGCUUGUGCUACACUCGGGAAUACCUCCAGGGAGGU